AUGGAUAGUCCCACGUACAACACACCACGACCAACUCCAAAAUUUUUUCAAGAACCCCAGUCUUUCUCUACAAAAAAGGAGAAAGGUCAAACGCCAAGAGUUAGAAUUCCACCACCUCCUCGACCCUCAGCCAAAAAAUCAGCGACCAGACUCCAAUUUGCUAAACGAAAUAUCUCCAAAGCUAUGCCUGUUUCUUUCAAAUCACCUGAUAAAACCAUUUCAACUCCACUUUAUAAUGAAAACAAGAGGGAAUCUUACUUUGAACAGUGUUUUGAAAUAAUUUGCAAGUUAGGCUCUGGAUCAUUUGGGGAUGUUUACAAGGUGAAAAGUAAAGAGGAUGGCAUGUAUUAUGCGAUUAAAAAAUCGAAGGAAAGAUUCAAAGGCUCCGUAGACAGAAAAGUAAAACUUGAAGAGGUGAACAAGCAUGAAAAGUUACCAGUGCACAGAAAUUGUGUGAAAUUUAUCAAAGCAUGGGAGGAGAAAGAUCAUUUGUACAUUCAGACUGAACUUUGUAAGAUGAGUUUGAGUGCCUAUGCAGAUGAGCAUCACAACAUUGCUGAACAGCUCAUAAUGAACUAUCUCAUUGAUCUGCUUAUGGCAGUGAAACAUUUGCACGAUCAUGAUUUGAUUCACAUGGACAUCAAGCCAGAAAAUGUUUUCAUUUCUGAUACUGAUGUCUGCAAGUUGGGUGACUUCGGUCUGGUUCUCGAUCUCAAUAAGAGAGAAGAAUGGGUGGAUGCUCUGGAAGGUGACCCAAAGUAUCUUGCUCCAGAAUUAAUGAGGGGAAAUUUUGGAAAACCUGCUGACAUCUUCAGUUUGGGAAUUACCAUUCUGGAGCUUGCUACUGACCUGGACCUGCCACGAGGUGAUAAACUGUGGCAUCAACUGAGAAGUGGCCAACUGCCAGAUGAACUUUUAAAAGGCAUUUCACUUGAGUUGAAGCAUCUAAUAGAAUGGAUGAUGCAACCUGACCUCAAUUUGAGACCGACCGUUGAUGAAGUACUUGGGCAUCGGUACCUUUGCGAAGUUUGCUAUCUUAAUGUCAUUUUAACGUUUCUUUUUUAUUUUGAAAAAUUUGCUUAA